UUUGGAUUAUCAGUAAAAUUCCAAUUCCACAUUGUUUUUCGUUAUUUUCGGUAUGAUUUUUCGGUAUUAAUUUUUAUUUUGUGACUGGUGUGUUGUGUUUUAUCCAAACAGGUACGAAAUUACUAAUCUAGUGCCUAUGGAUUUAUCCUUCCUACGCUUAGAACAGUCAAAGUUUCCAUCAAUCUUUUCAAUCGAAGUGCCACACAAUGUUUCGUCCGGUUUCAGAGCGUCCAGGUACCAUUAGUACCUGCCCGAGUUGCAAUCAACCAUUCAAAUUAGCAGAUUCUCUUCAUGCUCCUUUGAUUCUGAACUGUCACCAUCUUUGUUGCGAGGAGUGCAUCCGUUCAACCAUUUGCACCGAACGUGAGUUCAUUUGUAAAGAAUGUGGGAAAACAUCUACAGCCAAGCCAUCUUUGGACGUUAAACUGAGCAAUCUGAGAGAUAGUUUUCCUCUUAGUGAAAAGAUGAUCGAAGAGAUUAAUAAACUAACUCAAAUGAAACCUGUCGACGAAUCUUCCAUCGGAUUCAAAUCUUCUAAAAGACGUAACUGCGUUGAAAAGCCAUCGCCGAAGUCAUCGUUACACGAAGGUGCCUGUGGUGAAUGUCACGAAGUGCUUGCUAUUCUAAAAUGCUUAGAUUGUAAUGAUCAGUUGUUGUGUCAAAACUGUUAUAAUAAUAUACAUAAGUUUAAUACUACUGGAAAGCAUAGAUUUGAUAUACUACCGUCGACUUCGUCCAACGUUAUAGAGAAAGAAAAAAAACCGGAAUACGCCAAGCAGUUGAAAGAAGUUCGUGAAAAACUAACGAAGAAACAAGAAAGAAUCGAACGUUCUAUCAAGAUACUCAGUACUCCAGAACUAGUCAAAGAGGCGAAAACUUCUGGUAUCGACGUACAGCAGGUUGAAGAUGACUUGAAAAGUUUCUUUAUCUAUAUCCAAAACGCGAUCAAAGGCUUGGAGAAUGGAGUCAAACAAAAGUUCGAUGAUGUUGCUUACUCGCUCGAAAACAGUCAAAAGAAAUGCCAAAAGGUGCUGCAGCAUUCACAAGGGGAAAUUGUCGCUGUGAUACAAGAACUUUGUAAGGUAUCUGCUUCGAAAUUUUUCGAUACAUCGAACGUGGAAAGAUUGCUCGCUCAAUCUCGAGAUUUAUUAGAAAGACCAGAUACGGUUCACACAAAAAGACCAACCAAGGGAACUGAAAAGAUCGUAAUGCCGUCUAUCGAAUGGCUCCAAAUGUUGGAAAGUCAAAUGAAUUUCGAUUUCGGCCAACCAGGCGAAAUCUAUCUAGUCAAAAACGCGUUGGAGUCGGAUGAUGCGGAUAUCUGUGAUUCUACUACAGCUCCUUUGAUGAUUUCAUCCGGCGCUAGCGAUAUUGGCGACACGUUUGAGAGAACUUCACAUGCAUCGUUAACGUUGAGCGAGCGAUCAGCAGCGUGUCAGCGUAGUCAAAGAAGGCCUUCGAAGACGUCGUCUGUUCAGUCUGUUCAACUUCCAGUACAUUCAAAUAGAGAGUAUUUCGCAGGAGGUGUUCGUCGUUGCGAAUCAGUCAAUGGUGUGAAUCAACCUUUAGCUAGUAACACUCGUACUUCUCGAGGAAGGCAUCCAAGCCCUGUUCAAAUCAGCGGACCUAGUUUAACACAAUGCGGCAUUAAUGGUUCCCCACGAAUUCCUUAUAAUCCGAAAACCUCCUGUUCACGAAUUACUUUUGUAAAACCAGAUCGAUACAAGGAAGGUUGGAAAGGAACAGUGGUGAUUUCGCACGUCAAUUCGCCAUCUAAUUUCUACGUCCAACACGAAUGUAGCCUGCAGACUUUUGAGAAUUAUCGCGAUUAUUUCAAGUCGGCUAACAGAGGACCUCCAGUCGACAAACAAGAUAUUAAAAUAGGAAACAUGUACUUGACUGAAUGCUCGGACGGGGAAUGGUACCGAGUCAGGGUAACUGAAAUGUCGCCAGAUGGUCGAUCAGUGUGGGUCAUUCAGAUAGAUACUGGUGAAAAAGUUGUGGUCGAUAUAACGAGAAUACUCCGAAUUGAGGAUACAAUGGAAGGAAUCGUAAAUGAGUCAGAAUUAGCCAUCCAGUGUUCUAUCCAUAACUGCUGCCCUGUCGCAUCAACUUGGCAGAGAGAAGAUAUCGAUACUUUUAUCGAAGCAGUCAAAGAUAGAAAAGUUACGAUGACCGUGCAAAACGUGCUGAAGAGCAAAUUGGAAGUUGAUUUAGAAUGGGAUCACGAAGGUUCUCUUACGUCGAUGCGAGGGUACCUGCAAGCUUUAGGAAAAGCCUGCAUAACGCUUCGUAAAGAGAAUCAAAGUACUAUUACGUUACCUAAUAAUUUGAAAUAUUUCAAAGAUACGCGAUUCGAACCGAAUGAAUGGGUCCCUGUAAAAGUUACUCAUGUGUACGGACCAAAUGACUUCUACAUCACAAGGAUUGAUCCUCGCAGCGAAAAGAUACUGGAAGAAAUGAACAAAACUAUUGACUGUUUUUAUAAGGAUAAAGAUAAUUACAAACAGUACCCUGUGGCUACUCCUUGUAUUGGUUUACCGGUUGCUGCUCAAUACACUGUGGACAAUACCUGGUACCGAGCGGAACUCCUGAAUUCGUAUCCGCAAACAAAAAAGGCAGAAGUACUGUAUGUUGAUUUUGGUAACAAAGAAACGCUUCCUUUGUGUAGAAUUCGUCUUUUGGCCAAAGAAUUUACAAAAAACACAGUUCAGACGGUAAAAUGUUCCUUAGCUGGAAUCAAGCCGCUGACUGGUUCGAAAUAUAAAUACCCAGCAUCCGCUGAAUUUUUGAUUAAAAACGUCGAAGACAAAGAAUUGCAAAUGGUCGUCAAUGAGGUAAAAGAUGGCGAGUUAUCGGUAGUGUUGUAUAGAAGCGACGAAGACGAAGACGUUUGUAUUAAUUUGUUGUUAGUCGACCAUGAAUUUGCCAAGAAAGUCGGAGAUGUUUUGGGAGCAGCGUCUUCGUAUCCUAAGAAAAACAACGUCGAUGCUGGGAAGCAAGUUAUGAUCGUGAAAAAGGUACCGCAAGAAACCCAGCCAGAUACGUCUGAAAAAGCCAAUUCAGAGAAAUCCGAAGAAGUCACGCAACAUACCUCGACAGAAAUCGCAGUUCUGGAAAACAAUAAAGCCGAAUCUUCGGACGAAGAAAUCGCAGACGAAGAAAGCGAGGUUUUAUCGGGCGAUGAUGUGCUUCAAGGAGAAUACUCCAACAGUCCUUCUGAUCAGAAACCUCGAUGGGAAGUGAAAGUUGUAUCGUUUAUUAGUCCGAACCUAUGUCACAUUUCUUUGGUGGUGCAACUUGGUACCAUUCAUGAAAUGAUUGGAGAUAUGACGAAAUUUUACCGCGAGAAGAAAAAUAAUCCUGAGUUGAUUUUAUCAUCGAUUACAACAGAAACGAGAUGCGCUGCUUAUUCCGAGAAAGACGAUAAAUGGUAUCGAGCAAAAGUAACCGAGAUUAAGGAAAAUGGUGAUGUUACCGUAUUUUUCAAAGACAUAGCUCGUGAAGAAACCGUAAAAAAAGAAUACCUGUAUUCGUUGCCUCAACAAUUUGGUAAAUUUAUAGACGGCACGGUCGCUUGUCAUAUGGUCAAUAUCGAAGACCGUUCCGAAUGGCCAGAAGACCUCUGCGAAUCGUUCAGGAACUCUUUGGACAGCUACAAUAGCAUUUACGUUGUCAAAAUGACUAAAGAACCAAACCGAACGUUACCGGUUGAGUUAUGGGGGAAAACAGUCUCGUGUGGAGGAGCUUUCGCACCAUCUACCGAAGAGUGGACGAAUUUAAAUCAAUUGUUGAUGAAAGCUCUGGAAAAGGACGACCUAGUCGAACCGGAUCCGGAGUCUGACAAAGACAAACAGUCGCGGAAAAAAUCCAGCCAAAAUUUAGACGACGAUAUUGGCGAAAUCAGUUCGACAGAAACGGUUAAAAAAUGGCUCCAUUGCAACGUAGUCGAAGCUUCGAAAAAAGGUGUCCAAUAUGGACGUAUUCUAGCUAACGGCGGCGAAAUUCCCGACGAAAAUUCACGCAAAUCCGAUUCUCCAACCAAGUCAUCCGCUCGGGCGAUCGAUACCGUGAAAAAACUCGAGAUUUCUGCCGAAAAAAUCCCUCAACCGGAUUGGAAACCUGCCGAACGUAUUGAAAUCGAAGAAUUCGAAGCAUGCCCAACGUACGUGGACGAUGACUUUUGCGUAUAUCUGCAAACCACGGGCAAACAGAAAAAAAUGAUCACUAUGAUCAGCGAUGGCCUGCAGUCCAGGUUCACAGACUCGACCCCGUCGCCUCAUGAUAUGCAUUGGUAUCCGGGACAAAUCUGCAUCGCUUGGUUUUUCGUCGAUAAAAAAUGGUAUCGCGGUAAAGUGUUGAAAGUCGAAGAAUCGAAAGCGUACGUCGAAUACGUAGAUUAUGGUAACACCGAAUGGGUAGAAUUUUCCUACCUCAGAAAAGACGUCAUACUGCAGAAUUUUCCAAUCCAGUGUCAUAAAUUUCCCAUCAGAUCAGAUCUAAUACCGGUAUCGGGAGAUGGAAAAUGGACUCAAAAAACAUUAGAUUUCGUGCACGCACAACUGAUUGAACGUAAUUGUACCGUCAAAUUGAAGAAGGAGAAAGGCGAAAAUUUCCAUAGGAUUGAGAAAUUAACUUACGCUGAUGGAACCGAUGUCGAGGUAUUCGAUUUCUUGUGUGAUCUAGGAUAUACGAAAUUCGCUGCGAAGUCUGAUAAAAAACCCAUAAAAACGAUCGUCGAUUCGAAGAGUGAAAAAGAUCGCGAUGGCGACGACCAAGCCAAAGACGACGACUGCAAGUCUAAUUCUUCGUCUUCGAUUGCCAAAUUUGACAGCGUUUCGAAUGUAGACUUGAGUGAAUUUUUAGAGGUACCUGGUGCUACGAUUAUGGUCAACGAUCCUUUCAGCAUACCUCAAAAUCCUCAAGAAAACGAAAUCAUCAUACCUUUCUUCGAAGUACCUGUACAUGACUUGAACAUUGUUACCGUCGAGGUAAUCGAGAUACUACAAGUGGACGAGAUCGUUGUUCAUAUAGUCGACUGUGAUAACGUGGCUGUGAGUGAAAACAGACAACAUUUCGAUGACAUGUCCAAGGAAUUACAAAAAGAGGGUAUCGAGCAACCCAAGUUGAAAUCUCUUUCAUUAGGUCGUAUGUGUUGUACAUACUUCAUCGAUGGUACAUGGUACAGAGCGAAAAUCAUCGAUCUGGAAGGAGAAGAUGGAAAAGUGAAUAUUUUAUACGUGGAUUAUGGAAAUUCAUCGCACGCUGAUCCUUCUACCUUACACGAAAUGAAACGAUCCUGGUUCGAUGUUCCGAUGCAAUCGAUAAGAUGUAAGGUGGAAGACUACUCCGGAAUAGUGAGCGAUGGUAAAGAGCCAGAUCUCGAUGAGAACAUGUUACCCUUGAUAAGUAAACGAUUUGAAGCAGUUCUCGAAGCGUGCGACGAUUCUCGUAUGUUGUAUAAAAUCCAGUUAUUUUUCAAGUAAACUGAUCUCGAGAAUUUUGGACACCUGUGUAUACGAAAUACCUACGUUUUGAUUUUGUGAUUUUUUUACUUUCUUUUAUUUUUAUUUUUUUUAAGGUAACCUUUCUAUUUUGUUUUAUUAAGUAAGUGUUUUUCCUUAGUUACUUUUUUUUUUAGUACAUACUACGACCAUUUAUAACGUAGUAUUUUUUUUGCUCGGUAACCGUCAUUUUAUUACCUAUUAUCUUUAUACAUAAACUGAAUUUUGUUCGUU